UGGCAACGUGAACUGCAUACGAAAAUGGCGAACACGAGCAAACCUCCGAUGAACGACGAGUGGAAAAAAUAAUUAUUAUUUUAAAUUCCGUUUUGCCAGCGAAAUUCCAACGCGACUGAAGCUACGCAAAAAAAUAAAUAGUGCGAUAAACAAAAUGCAAUGAUAAUUGAAAGUUUGAAACGAGCUAAGUGCAAUUCGUCGUGCAUUGAUAAUAUGGGCAGGCUAAAUAAAAUAAAUUAAGUAUUUGCAAAUUACGAAAAAGCAGCUGAAAAACCAAUUGAGUCGAAUGUGUGGCUACAAUCGUGUGCGUGCGUCCGUGUGCGUGUGUGUGUGAGUGAGCGAGCGAGCAAGAACAGCGUAGAGCAAAAAGGUAGCGGGACGGACAGUAGCAAAUAAACGAAAGGAAAUAAAAAUAAAACGAAAAAAUUAAAAUUGCAAAAAAAGAAGGAAUACGAAGAAAAACUUGGCGGUAAACUCGGCACGCAUCUCUCUCGCACUCGAAAUUAAUGUGUGAGAGCUUGAGUGUGUGUGUGCGUGUGCUUAAAAAUGUGCAUAAAAAUAACCAAUAAAAUGCGCAACAACAAAAGCAACAACUAACGCACCGCUUACUGUAAUCGUAAUCUCUAUGCGUGCACUACGUAACACAGGAGGAACACGUAACGUAAGCAGCAAAGGCGGCAAAGAAAGCUAAGAAAAAAACACCAACAAAUUCUACAGUGUGCCAUGUGUGCAAGCAAUUAUGCAAAAGAGCAACAAAUUCAACAACUGUGGCAACGUCAGCGCUGAUGUACACUUGCAACAAGAACAACAGCAACAACAAAUUUAAAUAUAAAUAGAAAAAAAUAAUAAGCGUCGCCGUCAGCAGGACGACAACGUCAGCGCCAGCGUCAACGUCAGCGUCGUCGCGGUCGUCGUCGUUGUUAACGUUGUCUUAACACUGAGCAUUUGUCACUCUGCGUGUUGAGCAUCGCAGCGAAAGUGAAUGAGAGACAUAGACGGAGAGAGAGAGCAACAGCAGCAGCAAUAACAACUUCAAUCACAAUCAAAGCUCAGAGAGAUACAAGGAGACACUCUCACUUACAAAAUGGCUGCCGUGCGGGGUCAUCAGUACUUUAGUCUGCGAUGGAAUAACUAUCAAAACACAAUGACGUCAGUGUUUCAGCAGUUGCGAGAGGAUCUCUCCUUUGUCGAUGUGACCUUGUCCUGCGAGCAUGGCUCUCUCAAGGCGCACAAGGUCGUGCUCUCCGCCUGCUCAACAUAUUUUCAAAAGCUUCUGCUCGAGAAUCCAUGCAAACAUCCAACAAUUAUUUUACCCGCCGAUAUCAUAUUCACAGACCUAAAAACGAUUAUCGAUUUUGUGUAUCGCGGCGAAAUCGAUGUCACCGAAUCGGACUUACAGGGUCUGUUACGCACCGCAGAACAGUUGAAAAUCAAAGGACUCUGUGAGCCGGCUGAGAAUGCGGAUGAUUUGAAUGACGCUGCAUCGGCGACGAUAACCGUGUCGGAGAAUAUACAACAGGCGGUUGUUGGCAAUAUUGUGAAUGCGAGCCUAGUGCCCGGCGCGCCCUCGCCCACAAUCGAGCAGCAGCAGCAACACCAUCAGCAGCAGCAACAGGCACAGCAGCAACAGGAGCAUCAGCAGCAGGUGCAACAACAGCAGCUGGUGAACAGUGCAUUGUUGGCACAGCAUAGUCUUGCAACAAAUAGUGGCAUACAACUGGCCAAUGCGGCUGGGCAACAGCUGCUGAGCAACACAAGUGGCAGCAGUAGCAGUCUGCAACAGUUGCAACAGCAACAGCAGCAGCAGCAACAACAGCAACAGUUGCAGCCAACGCCGCGUAAGUCGCGUUUGCGUAAACGUUCGAAAUCGCCAGAUUUGCAACUAGGUGGCAACGCCACAGGUCAACAACCACAGCCAGCACAUCACCAACAACAACAACAGCAGCAACAACAACAGCAGCAGCAAUCACAACAGCAACAACAACAUCAUCAUCCACAAACGAUACUCAUUCAGGGACAAAAUCAAACAUCGAUCGUGAGUCUGCAGCAAACAGCAGAGGGCAAUUAUAUUCCCGUUACGACGACGCCUGGCGACGAUUCCGAUAGCGAUAAUAAGCCGCAAAAGAUUUGCAAAACAGAACAAUCGGUGGCCUCGCCGGCAUCCAACUCGUCCACAUCGAAUAAUGCCGCUUCUGGCGUGAGCGGCCAAGCGAUUGUGACACAAAUUGUAGUAGCGCGCGACGGAAAAGAUAAUAAAAUGACUAGUUUAGGCAUGGGCAUGAACGGCGGUCUGUUGGGCGUGCCCAUGGGAUUUCUGGACUUUACACCGGAGCCACCAGCACCAUCGGCCACACCAGUCACCGUAACGGAACAUGUCGAUCUAUCGUGCAACCCCAGUACCGAUACACGCGAUCUAUCAAAUCCCACCGAACCGCUUGACAUAGACAAUCAUUUGGCUCAGCAAAUCCAUCGGCUCGAUCAAUCUCCCAUGCAUUCAAUAUCGCAUCAUCAUACAACUGGCGACGAGAGCAACUCGAAUCUGGUGCAGCAUAUCAAAAGUGAAGUAAUCGAGGCCAAGCAUUUGGCGCAUGUGCAACAACAACAACAACAGCAGCAGCAGCAACAGCAGCAGCAACAACAACAGCAACAGCAGCAGCAACAUGCACAUCAUCAUCAGCAUUUGCACGCUCAACAAUUGUUGGCGCAAAGUCAGCAACAGCAACAGCAGCAACAACAUCAGCAGCAACAGCAGCAACAACAGCAGCAGCAACAACAACAACAGCAGCAGCAACAGCAGGCAGCAGUGCAUGGACAGCAUGGCACGCAUGCAACACAUGCGGAAAUCAGUGGUGCCACUGUCAUGGAGAUUGAUCCGAGCCAGAUCAAGCAUGAGCCGGGCAUGAUAAUAACGCCAGAGAUUGUCAAUAUGAUGUCAACUGGGCAUAUGGACAUGUACAACUCGGAUACGAGCGAGGACUCAAUGAUGAUCGCCAACGGUUCGCCGCACGAUCAAAAUGAGCCGCAUUAUACGAAUUUGGAUCAGCAACACGGCGGCCUGGGUGGCAGCGUUUGCGGCCCCGGCGCCGGUGGUGUUGGUGGUGGUGGCGGCAUUGGUGGUGGUGGUAGUGCUGGCGAGAAAGGUCAGUUUAAUGGUCCCAAAGCUUGGACACAAGAUGAUAUGAAUUCAGCUUUAGAUGCAUUAAAGAAUCAAAACAUGAGCCUGACGAAAGCAUCUGCCAUUUAUGGCAUACCAUCAACGACAUUAUGGCAGCGUGCACAUCGUUUGGGCAUCGAAACGCCUAAGAAGGAGGGCGGCACCAAAUCAUGGAACGAGGAUGCAUUACAGAAUGCCUUGGAGGCACUGCGAUCGGGUCAAAUAUCGGCAAAUAAAGCAUCAAAAGCGUUUGGUAUACCCUCAUCGACGCUCUACAAGAUAGCGCGUCGGGAGGGCAUACGGCUGGCGGCGCCAUUCAAUGCCGCACCAACCACGUGGACACCCGAGGAUUUGGAGCGUGCAUUGGAGGCGAUACGUGCCGGUAAUACGUCUGUGCAAAAAGCAAGUGCUGAAUUUGGCAUACCGACAGGAACACUUUAUGGACGCUGCAAACGGGAGGGCAUCGAAUUAUCGCGUUCAAAUCCAACACCUUGGUCCGAGGAUGCCAUGAACGAGGCAUUGAACUCAGUGCGCGUUGGCCAAAUGUCCAUCAAUCAGGCGGCCAUACAUUACAACCUGCCCUACAGUUCGCUUUAUGGGCGCUUCAAGCGCGGCAAAUACGAUGUUGUGGCAAAUACCAGUGGCGUAUCGCUGAUGAACACAUCGGGCAACACGACCGGCAGCAUUGAGAUUAUCGAGCAUAGUCAGGAGAAUUCGUUGCAUAUGUUGCAGCAACAGUUCCCGUACAGUCCGUCGCCGCAUCCGCCGACGCCGCAGCAUCACAGUACACCGCAGCACCACAGUUCGCAGCAGGGGCCACCGACGCCACAGCAUAUGCAACAGCAUGUGGUGCACAUGCAACAGCAGUCGCCACACCAGGCGCAUCAUCAACAACAGCAGCAACAGCAGCAACAGCAACAGCACUUGCAACAGCAGCAGCAACAGGAUGUGGUAACAUCGAGUAGCCAAGUGGUGCACAGCCAGCAACAACAACAGCAGCUUCAACAGAUCUAUCAGCAUCACGGCACGCCCGAGCGUAGUUGAGAAUCACUGCACGCUGCGGCAAUGUUGGGCGGCGGCAGCGUUGCAGGCGGUGGCGGUGGUGGAGCUGGAGGAGGCGGCACAGCAACAAUAACAGCAACACCAUUUGCCAGCAUAUCAGGACAGGCGAGCGGAUCGACAGCACCACCGCCCACAGCUGGCACCAGCAAGCGUAAAAAAGCCACCAAGCAAAAGCGUUGAGAAAACGCCAAAAGCUCAGAUAACUCCAACAAAGCCAACGCCGACGCCGACGCCAACAUCAACGCCAACGUCAACGUCAACGCCGCCAUUCAAUUUCGCUUCAACUCAAAGCACUGGAAGCGCAAGUUGAAACAGUUUCACUUGUUAUUGUCCAAACCAA